GAGGAUCCCUGCUUGUCGGCGAUAUGAUGCGGCGAUAAUUACAGGUAAUGAGGGGUCGUUCAGGGGGGGACCUGACGUGGACAGCGGACAGCUCAAGAGCUCUCAGAAGCUUAGAUCACAACCACAACCAGAACUAGUGAGCCAGUUGUACUCGGACAAUUGUACUGACGACUGUUUAUUGACAAUCGUUCUCGUGACAUUCGCUUGCGUCAACAACAUCUCUACUUUCACAGCGUUCCUUCUUCCCUCGACGUUCUUCAAUAUCUCACGAUACCUUCAUUUUCACCAGCAUCCGCAACCAUGGCAGAAUCACCCGCCUACCCCAUCAUCGAUUCCCACAUCCACCUCUACCCAGCCUCGGAAACCGAGACGCUCGCAUGGUGUACCCCCGAGAACCCACUGAACAAGCAACACUCCAUAGCAGAGUACGCCGAAGCAACAGGUCGACCCUCCGACCUCGAAGGCUUCAUCUUCCUCGAGACCGAUCGAAAGAAUGACCUCGAGAGCGGCAUGACAGAUGGCAGCGGCUGGGAAAUGCCACUCAUGGAAGUUGAUUGGUUGAAGAGGAUAGCACUUGGUACACCCAAAGAAGGCGAGGGUCACACCGAGGAGGACAAGAAGCUAUGUCUUGCUAUUAUCCCCUGGGCUCCAUUACCCAGUGGGGAGGACGGUAUGGUGAAAUAUGUAAAGGAGGUGGCUCAACGAGCUGGGGACGCCUCCAAGAAGGUUAAGGGCUUCAGGUAUUUGUUGCAGGAUAAACCUAAAGGUACUAUGUUGCAGGACAAGUUUAUUGAGUCCCUGAAGUGGAUGGGGAGAAAGGGGUUUGUGUUUGAUUUAGGUGUGGAUCAACAUUCUGGGGGGAAGUGGCAGUUGGAAGAGGCGAUUGAGAUGGUUAACAAGGCUCAUGAGGGUGUGGAUGCGAGUGACAGGGUCACUUUUAUCAUCAGUCGGUUGCCCUCUCCCAUGACAGCUGCCGCGAAAGCUAAUGUUGUCUUCAGAUCACCUUUGCAAGCCUGACUUAUCAAUUUACACCCAGACAGAUCCUGAGUUCGUAGCAUGGAGGGAGGCUAUGUUCCGCCUCGGGAAAUGUGACAAGACCUAUAUGAAGCUUUCUGGUUGUUUCUCUGAACUACCAGAAUCGUUCAAGAAUGCACCCGUACUUGAUGUGUUCAUGGCGCUGCAACCCUACCUUAUUGUAAUUCUUGCUACGUUCGGAUCUUUCAGAGUCAUGUUUGGAUCUGAUUGGCCGGUAUGUACAGUUGGAGUUAAUGAUGCCUGGAAGAGAUGGAAGGAGGUUGUUGAGAAAUUCUGUUAUUUAGCGAGUUUGAGCCAGGAGGAUCAGAUCAUGAUCUGGAGUGGAACGGCUAUCAAGGCGUAUGGGCUUGAGGAGUUGAUGUGA